AUGAAAUUGGCAUUGAUACUCACGGCUAUUGGCGCUGCCAGCGCCCUGCCCUUGGAAGGGCGGAGACGCUUGCAAUUCAAUGAGACAUACAUAGCGGAUGUGACUGAAGAAGAGAAGCUGGCCUAUGCUUUGAGCGGUAAGUCUUUCUUUGAUAUCACGGGGCUCAAGCAGACGCAACAACUACACGGUGUAUCUGGUCUUGCCAGGUCGUCGAGCGCAGCACCCGGCAGGCAGUACGAGUACCCAGCAAACCUGACUCACGUCAGCGAAGUGAACUCAAUUAUCGGCGGCAUUGACACGAAGUAUAUGUACGAUAAGCUUGACAAAUUCUCGAGUUUCUUUACCAGGUACUAUACGAGUCCGACUGGCGCGCAAUCCGCAAGAUGGCUCUUUGACACUCUGAAGACGGCCACAGCACCGAUCUCAGGCAAGGUCAUCCUCAGACAAUUCAAACAUGAUUGGGACCAGUUUUCUAUCAUUGUUAGUAUCCCUGGCAGCGCAAGACCUGAUAAGAUAGUCGCGUUUGGCGCACAUCAGGACUCCAUUGCAGGCCCAGAUCCGGCAACGACCCGUUCACCUGGCGCAGAUGACGACGGGAGCGGUGUUAUCACCAACCUGGAGGCCCUGAGAUUAUAUGCAAAGUAUAUCGCCGACACAGGAAAGUGGCCCGAAAAUACGAUUGAAUUUCACUUCUACAGCGCGGAGGAGGUUGGGUUACUCGGGUCCUUACAGAUUAUGACUGAGUAUCACGACGACCCUAAGAAAAACGUUGUCGCCUUCUUUCAGCAUGACAUGACAGGCUAUGUUAAGAAUGCGGCUGACGCACAUAUCGGUGUAAUUGUGGACUACACGGACCAUAACCUGACUACAUUCAUGGAGAAGCUUAUUGGCCAGUAUCUCACUAUUCCCGGACGGGUGACAAAGUGCGGGUACGCCUGCAGUGACCACGCAAGUGCCACAAAACAGGGGUUCCCCUCUGCCUUUGCUUUCGAGUCCGUCUUUGAAGAUUCGUCCGAGUUCAUCCACAGCCCGCAAGACACCAUUGACAGGGUCAAUAUUACGCAUAUGGCGGAGUUUUCGAAGUUGGCCAUCGGUGCCGUUGUCGAGCUCUCAGACUGGGUCGCUUAA